AUGCGACCAGACAAGAAUAAUUCAGGUGGUACCAAAAGAGAAGCUGAUGCGGAAUCCACUGUCAGUAGCUCUCCCAAUAAAAAACAAGCUUUAUCUCACACGAUGGAUACUUGGGACCCAAAAAAGAAUACAAUCCUGGUCAUUACCAAGGCAAGAGACAACAGACUUGUUGCCUUUACGCGUCAACUAGCAGAAUGGCUCAUCUUUACACCGCGAUUUGGAAAGAAGAAUCCGUUUAUAGUCUAUGUGGAUGCUCACUUGAUGAAUUCAAAACGAUUUGCGUACGAUAAACUGGUUGAAAAGUGUCCCGUGUAUGGAACACAUUUGAAGUUUUGGACACCUAAACUUUGUUACAAGCAGCCCGAGUUAUUUCAUCUCAUUAUUACUCUCGGUGGAGAUGGCACUAUUUUGUUCACAUCCACCAUAUUUCAGUCGGCAGUGCCUCCCAUUAUGCCAUUCCAUCUCGGUUCGUUGGGAUUCUUGGCUCCAUUCUUAUUCACCACCUACAAAGACGAACUGGAAAACUUAUUCAAGGGGAAUUUGAAGCAUACCAAUCGCAUGCGUUUAAGUUGUACGGUGUAUCGCUACAGACAAGACCCCUACUGUUUAAUGCGUGCAAGAAGAGGGUCGCAGAGUGACAUAGUAUGGACUCAGACUUUGCCUACCAGCGAGGACCCCAACGAGGCUUCCUUGGCCGACAAUCAAAGUAAAUGGGAGUUGAUGGAGACAGCUUGGAUGAGGAAAGCAUUUGAACAAGAGUCAAAAAGGGAUAAGGGGAUUAUCGAUUUGACGGAUGAAAAAGUCAUGUGCUAUUCAACUGUUCCUAAGCAAACCUAUCACGUUCUGAAUGAAAUUGUCGUGGAUCGUGGUCCAAGCUCCAAUAUCUCUAUGCUUGAAUUAUUCGGUGAUGAGCGUCACCUUACUACUGUACAAGCUGACGGUCUGUGUAUUGCUACUGCCACAGGAUCCACUGCUUACUCGCUCUCUGCAAGCGGCUCUCUCACUCAUCCCGAUAUGCAAUGUACAUUGGUAACCCCUAUUUGCCCUCACACACUCAGUUUCAGACCCAUGCUUCUACCCAGUGAGAUGGUGAUUCGUAUCGUCGUUCCCUUUGGCUCAAGACAUUCUGCAUACUGUAGUUUUGAUGGCAGAAACAGAACAGAAUUAAAACAGGGCGAUCAUGUCAAGAUCACCAUGUCUCCCUACCCUGUCAGGACCUUUUGCUCUUGUGAUUCUAGCAAUGAUUGGUUUUCUUCUGUUCAAUCUUGUCUGCAAUGGAACAAUCGUCAACGUCAAAAAUCAUUUGUUGUGGUGGAGGGCGAUAAUAAUAAGUCUGCCCAAGAAAAGCCAGAUUCAGAUAGCUUGUUUGCCUGUCUCAGAUCCAAGGAGAAUGGAAGCAGCAAGGACAACAAAAGCCCUGUUUUGCCUAGCAACAGCGUCAGUGGCAGCGAGGAUGGCGGUGAUGAAGCUAAUUCUGAGGAAGCAGAUGAUUUUGAUUUGAUACCUUGGACUGAUGAUGAGUUGGCCAGAGACGCUUCACCUACAUUUGGAUCUUUACCCAGUCGAAAUAAUAAUAAAUCCAAGAUUUGA